GUGUGCUCCGCUUCGUUCUUUGCUUGCCGCGCCGGUGGACGUCCAUUGAUCCGCCGAUGGAGGCGUUCUUCUGCCUGGCGCGGUGCCGGUUCAGUCGGCUUAUGGUGGUGAUGCAGCUGGUGAUGGGCGUGUUCGUCAUCUGCAUCAGCAUGGCCAGCCUCCACCGCUUCUACACCACCGACUCCUUCCUCCCGGGCCUCGACGACUCCGCCAACUGCGCCAGGCUCCACACCGUCGCCGCCGCCGACGGGUACGCCGGCUUCGACAUCCGCGCGCUGGCCGACCGCGUCGACGACGUGCUCGUCCAGCUCGCCGAGCUCCAGGACAAGCUGGAGGCCACGGCGCUCAAGAUCGGCAAGAAGACCAAGAAGAAGGGCAAGGCGCACGGCAAGCAGGAGAACAUGACCUUGCCGGAGUUCAGGCGGUUCCUCGAGGACGAGGUCAUCCACCCGCUCUACGGCGCGCACAUCUCCCUGCGCCUGAUCCGCAUCCCCCGCCCCGACCCCGACGGCGGCGGCGGCGGCGACGACGCCCCGGUCGUCGACCCGCUCGUCAACUUCUUCAUGGCGGAGGAAACGCGCAAGUACGUGACCACCAAGGGCAACCGCGAGGGCCGGCCCAACGUGUACGGCACCAACCGGACGUACGGCAGCAUCGGGCACGCGUGCGUGCUGAUGCGGCGGGAGCUGGACGAGUACAUGAGCUACGACGUCGGCUCCUACUGCCCGGACGACUGGGACCUGGGCCAGCGCCUCAUGCUCGGCGGCUGCGACCCGCUGCCGCGCCGCCGCUGCCUCGCCCGGGCCUCCAAGCUGUUCCAGCGCCCGCUGCCCAUCAACGAGUCGCUGUGGAGGCUCCCCGACGACGGCAACGUGCGGUGGAGCCGCUACCACUGCCGCGGCUACCGGUGCCUGUCCGCCAGGAACCCGCGGCCAGGGUACAGCCGGUGCGUGGGGUGCUUCGACAUGGACCGGGAGAAGCGGCGGUGGGUCAACGACACCAGCCGCAACGCGUCCCUGGCCGACUUCCGCAUCGACGAGGUGCUGGCGGUGAAGCCCGGCGAGGUGCGGAUCGGGGUGGACGUGAGCGUGGGCACGGGCAGCUUCGCGGCGCGCAUGCGGGAGCGCGGCGUGACCAUCGUGUCGGCGGCGCUCAACCUGGGCGCGCCGUUCGCGGAGACGGUGGCGCUGCGGGGGCUGGUGCCGCUCUACGCCACCAUGAGCCAGCGGCUGCCCUUCUUCGACAACACCAUGGACAUGGUGCACACGGCGGGCUUCUUCGAGGGGUGGGUGGACCUGCAGCUGCUGGACUUCGUGCUCUUCGACUGGGACCGCGUGCUCCGCCCCGGCGGCCUGCUCUGGGUCGACAGGUUCGCCUGCGCGCGCAGGGACCUCGACGACUACAUGUACAUGUUCCUGCAGUUCAGGUACAAGAAGCACCGCUGGGUCGUCUCCUUCAAGUCCAAGGACGAGGUCUAUCUCUCCGCUCUCCUCGAGAAGCCGCCCAGGUCAUGAUCAUUCAUGAUCGAUCCAUCAACACUUUCUUUCUUGUCUUCAGCUGGCUCGUGUGUUAUUAGUACUUUCUUUCUUGUCUUCGAUUUGUUGCGUCUGCUGAAAUUCUUACUAGUUAUACGAUUCAAUCUAAUAACAUGAUGGUGAAUAAAAAGGCAGCAAUGAUACACUUCUUUUUUGAAACUAGGCGCGUGCCGGUGCGUUGCAACGGGAACAUGAAAAUUUUCAUGUUUACAUUACUAUAGAGUGGAUUAAACUAACACCUACUGUUGUAGUUUCGACGUACUAUAUUUAGUAGGUUCAUGCAUGAAACCCAAGCUGAUGUGCUCAUGCAUGGAACCCAAAUAAUGGACGCCAAAGAAACAACAAUUGCAACCAUGUGCAUUCAGUAAAAGAAAAAUUAUUCUCUAAGAUUAUCCUUUCGCGGACCAAAACAUGCAGCGUAGUCAAACGAGAGAAGUUUGAAUGCGUGGAUGUCUCCCUCAUGACACUCACCCAUGGAAAACCUAAUCCCAUCGGUCGAGCGGUCGGUGGGAACCACACUCCGCCAUCCCAUCGACACCAUCUCGGAGAACACCGUUGAGGUGGAGGAUCCCGCAUCGGACUUACUCGCCGAGAGGGUUCCUUGUCUUUCCUCUCGACCCUUUCUCUCCAACUUGUGUAUCUUUUAUUUUUGAAUAAGAAAAAUCCCCAGCUUGUUGGUUUGUUUCUCUGCCAAAUGAAAUGCUCUGCAUUUUCUGUUGAUCCGGCUGUUGCGAAAAUUCCGUUUCAUUUCACCUAUACAUGGGACAUAACUCUUCGGUUGAAGCAAUGCGCAAUUACAACGCGUUGAUGGAUGGAUGGAAACAUGGAGUACCACAAAACAACAAUGGUCUAAGGUAAUGCAGAUCUAUCUUGUAAACAAAUGCAGUGCGAUGUGAGAGGGUAUAAUCUGUGUAUACACAGGGAAUGGAAAAUCUUAAUCCUAACUAAAAAUAAGAAAAGGGAAACCAGUUUGAUCCAUUCUCCUGGAUGCUACGUAAGAUCCAAAUCCGUCUAGCAUAUGAAAGAACAAGGUAAUUUGGUCAAGAAAUACCAGCAAUUUGUAUAUACCAAUGUAGUGUUGU